AUGUCGAACUGCAAGAAAUCAGUCCAAACUUGGGGAGAAUCUCGUAAUGUCUUCGAGCUCCCUGACCCCUCUCACAGCGUGCCCAGCCGCUGGUGGCGUAGUGCAUCACCCUUCCCUGUUAUGGCGGUAAUUGCCAUUCUCAUAGCUGGUAUAACAAUCAGAGUAUCCUCCAGGAUGGUCGCGCUCAAAGCAAUAUCCUUAGCUCUGGCCGCCUUAUCAUACAUAACUCUAAUAUUGACAAUGAUGUGCAAACGGAACCCGCAACAAGGAUUUAUUGUGACAAUAUCCGGCUGGUUGAUUGCAGGCGCGUUAUUGUUCAGUCUCAUAGGCGUCAACGCUCGACGACAUCCUAUAAUGCAAUCACGACAGCCAUGGAAGUAUACACAGAGCUACUUCUACGGCAUCAUGGCUGCAGGUCUGUAUACCUUGAUUGCUAUUUUACUAGCAGUUUAUACUGCCACUGCGCGCUCAGUCCCUUUAAGUCGGCAUGACAGGAGAAUAGUGGAAUAUACAAGCAUCAUCCUGCGAACUAUCACAUUUAUAGCAUUUCUUACUGGUGGAGCCGGCGUAUACAGCGCUGUUGAAGGGUGGUCUUUCAUGGACGCCGUGUACUUUACCGACUACACAGUUCUCACGAUUGGAAUCGGAAAUAUUGUUCCCAAAACGCAUCUCGGAAGAAGCCUGCUAUUCCCGUACGCCACUGCCGGGAUCAUCACGUUGGGUCUCGUUAUUAGCUCGAUACAAUCGUUUGGAAAUAGCAUCAGACAUAUGAAACUCAAGUUCGAGAUCCAAGAAGCACGCAACAAGCUUCUGGAACAAAAGAGACCCACACAUUAUGAGCACAAUGACAGUAGAACGUUGUGUAGCAUACCAUCCACUACCACAUUUCCUCAAACGAGUGACGUGGUGGAGCUCCAGCGCAUCCGAUACGACUUCAACCAAAGAGUCCGAUGGAUGGCCCUUAUAUUUUUCGUCGUGGCCUGGUUUGUCCUGUGGCUUCUCAGCGCCGCAGUAUUUCGUCGAUCGGAACGCGGCCAGAACUGGACCUACUUCACAGCUCUUUAUUUUACAUACACUUCGCUAACAACCAUUGGCUACGGUGACUUCUAUCCGACCAGCAAUUUUGGCAAGGUUUUUUUCGUCUUCUGGUCUCUACUCGCUAUUCCAGUUCUGACCAAUCUUGUCACUGCCAUGGGUGAGAUAGGUGUACGGACGCUUGUUUAUUUUGCCGGUUAUGUCUUGAGACUAGGCAAAAUGAGAAGAAAGAGUGGGCAUGGCGUGAAGAACUGCUCAGAUACAGAGCCCCUGGGAAAUUUUGAGGAAGCCAUCACAGGACAUAAGUACACCAGGGACAAGGAGCACUUUGACGACUAA